AUGACGAUGGUAGGCGUCCCGCAAGCUUGUUCCCAUUUAGGGACCCUCCAACGGGGGAAAUGGAUUCACGAGCAAGUGUUGCAGGCCAACAUGGAUAUCAGCAUCCAUUUGGGUGCAGCUCUGAUAACCAUGUACGCCCGGUGUGGUAGCAUCAACGAUGCACGGAGAACGUUCGACGGUAUGCCCGAAAGAGAUUUGCUCUGUUGGACAGCCAUCAUCUGUGGAUAUGGGAUGCAUGGUCUAACAAAAGACGCAGAGGUUCUUUUCAAUGAAAUUGUGGCAUCUGGAGUUAAGCCAGACGGCGUUGCUUUUUUGCAUGGUAGCAUGCUUGCUAUAGCUGGUAGACUAGACGAGGCCUUGGAGUUCAUCGGAAACAUGGACAUGAAGCAUGAUGCAGGGGUUGCUAGUAAUUAG